AGACCUGAAGACCUCACGGAUCGCCAUUUGUUACUGUACAAUGGCGUCAUUGAGUAUAUUCCUGGUCUCGAGAACGAGCUUGACACCAUAUCGAGCAAAAAACUUAAUGUGAUCAUUCAAAUGGUAACGAGGGGCAUGAGUGAAGGCAGAUCUGCAGAUCUGAGCUCCAUCAAGCACAAGGGCCUGCAAUACAUUGGCCUGAAUAUGUAUAGUAAGGCCGAUGCUCUUGACCCGCCAAUUCCAGAAGUCGAGGACAAGUCAAUGCGCGGGCUCAAUCACCCGCAGUUGGCCCGUUUGCUUUGCCCUCGGAAGAAAUUGGUUUGGUUUGACGAGGACCCUGAUUCAGCUAUGGCUGCCUUGCAAGCUGGCGAAAUCACCAUGACGGCACACAACUGGCCAACAUUCUUUUAUGAACAUGGUGUUUACGAUGCCGCUGAGAAGACACAUGGCCUGUUUCGAAACCACAUCGUUCUGAGGUUUUAUAAACACCUUUUUAUUGGACCGUCCUCUGUCACAAAUGACUCGUCGAAUGUUCGCAACUCUGCGAAGCCAUCCAAAAAUCGCGCAUGGGGACUGACGGCCGUUAACAAAUACAUCAUCGCAUAUGUUCACAUUAUUACAUACUUUACGAUCAGUAGCGCUCAGCACUGGACACGGUGUAUUGGCGACAUGGACUUGGAUGAGCUCCUCUGGGCCAUCAUUGAAAUGCUAGACGACGACGAUGAUCCAUGGGUCAAAGACACCCUCGCAUGGUGGAACAGGUAUGUUUUGCUGCAUGGUCAGUUCAGUGCUAAUCAUUUGCAGGCACCUCAAACCAACUAA